CUGGCUACACAACCCGCAGCGUCGUCAGCGAAGCGUCACUUGUUGCUAUGUAGAUCCCGGUAGGAGGAUCCUGGGACAGAACCGACAUCUCCGGUCACAGCGCUUUCCCCACCGGGACACAAGGCGAUAAGGGAGCAGUCGGGCGGUCCAGUACUCGUGUACAGGAAGUGAGGGUCCCGGAAAGAAGCCAUUCCCAUCGCUGACACAUUAUACGGCGGACUCGCCUUCAUGAGCUCCCGGGCCGGCUGAUCGAGUGACUGACAGCUGGGAUGGAGCUGUCCGCUCUGCUGGGCCUCGUCCUGCUGCUGCAUGUACCGCAGGUCGAUGCUACUCAAGGAAUCUUACAUGCAGUCGGUGAUGGGUCAAAUUCUCCAAAAGAUUAUUGCAUCACAUAUAACUCUUCAUGGACAACAAUUCCAACCUCCUACAUCAAUGCUGAUUACUACAAGCUAGAAAAUAUAAGUUCAGUUUGGUUAUGCAGCGAUUCUGAAGUACCCACUAUAAGUCUGAAGGAUAAAGCUGUGGUGGUGAUGUGGGGCAAUUGCUCGAUUUUGGACAAAGCUAUGAUUGCUCAGAACCACAAUGCAAAAAUGUUACUUGUGGCAAGUAAAGAUGGUCUGCCUCGUCCAACAGACAACAGAAGUGGAUAUGAAAGCCUUACAAUACCUAUUGCUUAUGUGAAAUAUGGAGAUAUUGUUGGCAUGGAGCAGGAUGUUGGGAGGAAUAUUGAGGUGACAAUGUAUUCCCCAUCACCUCCAUUGUUCGAUUACAGCAUGUUGGUCAUAUUCCUGAUCUCUGUGUUCACUGUGGCACUUGGUGGCUACUGGAGUGGAGUAUCAGAGCUGGAAGACUUAAGACCCUCCCAAAGUACUGGGGAAAAUGAAGGAGCGAAGAAGAAAGAUGAAAAUGUGACAUUCACUCCUUUCACUGUUAUCUUGUUUGUUGUUAUAUGUUGCGUCAUGUUACUUCUGCUUUACUUCUUCUAUAAGUGGUUGGUGUAUGUUAUCAUUUGUGUGUUUUGCUUGGCAUCUGCCUUGAGUAUGUUCAACUGUCUCUCUGCAUUGAUCCAGUACAUCCCAUAUGGAAGAUGCAGAGUUUCGUGUUUUGGAAAAAGUGGAGAAGUGCGGCUGGUGUUCCUGGCUGCCUUUUGUGUAGCUUUGUCUGUGACUUGGGCAGUAUUUCGGAAUGAGGACAGGUGGAUUUGGAUACUUCAAGAUAUUCUCGGGAUUGCAUUCUGCCUUAACUUUAUUAAAACUUUAAGAAUGCCAAAUUUUAAGGCUUGUAUUAUUCUCCUAGGCCUCUUGCUUCUCUAUGAUGUGUUUUUUGUCUUUAUAACUCCAUUCAUUACAAAGAAUGGUCAGAGCAUCAUGAUCGAAGUGGCAGCCGGACCAUCAGGAAGCACAGAAAAGAAUGGUGAGAACUAUUUGGAGGUUCCUGCAGACUCUCAAGCCACCUUCGAGAAAUUACCAGUAGUUAUUAGGGUACCGAGGCUGGAGUAUUCUGCCGCAAAAUUGUGUGUGAUGCCUUUUUCACUCUUGGGCUUUGGAGACAUUAUUGUACCUGGCCUGCUGGUAGCAUAUUGCAGAAGAUUUGAUGUACGAUUUACCUCUGCUAGUACAUAUUUCAUAUCAUGUACUAUAGGUUAUGCUGUGGGGAUGAUUUUGACUUUAGUUGUCUUGAUUGUACUCAAUAUGGGGCAGCCAGCCCUGCUGUAUCUAGUGCCUUGCACACUUCUUGCCAGUUCUGUUGUUGCCUGGAAAAGAAGGGAAAUGAAAAAGUUCUGGAAUGGCGGCUGCUAUGAGAUAAUGGAGCAAGCAGACAACACUGUCACUGAAGAAAAUAUUAUACGAGGCGAAGCUCAAGAAGAACAAUGAUGUACUCGGGGCAUAGUUGUAUUUAAUAAGGAAAUCAAAUAUGUCUGCUUGGUUUUUAGCAUUUACGUUCGCUACAGUUUCCCUUACAAAAUGUAAUCUAAAGUGUUUUCUAAAUUUUUUUAUUCUACAUAAAUCAGAGGGAAGAUUGUAAUACUGUGAGAUAAUCGUUUCCAUUUAAUUGUGCCUUAUACGACAUAGGAAAGGUCUUGAAGAUCUAUGCACUAUGAAAAGAAAUCUAAUGUUUCUGCAUCUUCAUCUGUAGUGUUGGACCUGUAGUUCUUAAAGUUAAUCUUGCGUAAAAGCAGACAGGACUGAUUCAAUGGUAACGUUUCUUGUAUAUCCCUAGGAACUGUAUUCUACUGUCUUUAAAAAAUAUUUUGGCACAAAACUUGUGAUCUGUGCUACAUAUAUUCACCGUAAAAAAAAGUGUUUGACUGCUACGUUAAAGGGGUACUCCGCUAGCCAGCGUUGGGAAGUAAAUGUUCCGAACGC